AUGGGUCUUGCAACACGGAAAUUGCUGCAUAUUGGAAUCAGAAAGAAACAUUGUUAUAUUUGUGAUUCUGCCAAAAAUCAUCAUAUGGAUCCAGUGGAGCACGAGUUUUUCAAAAAUUGGGAGGAUUCAAGCCAGGCAAUGGAAUCCGAUAUAAUUGUUGAUGGUUUUUUGAAUGCAGAGCAAGACCAUAGCAUUCGCUAUAUGCGCAUUGUUGCAGACGGUGGCAGUUCUGUAUUUGCUCGCAUACAAGAAACUGUUCCUAUUUGGGGGCCUCAUGUUUCCAAAUUGGAAUGUGCCAAUCAUGUGUGCAAUUGUCUUCGAAGUAGUUUAGAGAAGUUAGUGGACCGAUUACCAUCUUUAAAAGGGAAAAGUAAACUUACUCUUGCUACUCGAAUUCGCAUUGUCUCUGCUGUAAGAUGCGCUAUACGUAUGCGGUCAUCUGAUGGUCAAGACCCAAGAAGGACCAGGAAAUUAGAACACGACAUCAAGAACAGCAUCUUCCACAUAUUUGGAAAACAUGACAACUGUUCAGAAUUUUGUCUCAAAUCUGCUGCUGUUUCAAACAACAUACCAUCAACCUAUUCAGUAGCUGCAGAUGAAGAGAAAGAUUCUGUAAUAUCUGUUCUUGAUGACCAGAUGCAAUUUUGGAGUGAUGGUGUCUCACUACAGUCUCAAGAGGAGUCCAGAGUUGCUGUUGAACACCGUGACCUAACACCUAUCCAAACCAACAUCGUUAAGGAGGUUCAACCACUUUUAAACAGGGUUGCAGCCAAGGCUGGAAGAUUGUUGGGAAAUUUUACUACCAACCUUGCUGAAUCUUGGAUGCACAUCAUGUCCAAGUUUGAUGGUGGAAAAUUUUACAACCGCUGCCACCGUGGUUCUUGCAAUGCUAGGGAAAGAAAAGUUCAAACUGGCCGUCUUCUUUCUGCUCGUCCUGUUGUCAAGGCUAGACGAUGGAAACGCAAGUCUGCUGGUAAAUGUAACACACAAAAAGCUGAGCAUGAAUAUGGUCCGAAUGCAGUCGAUGUGGUACCAGAUUUUUCUCAAGAUGUGUUGGCAAAAAAAUGUGACUCUAUCAAGAAAACAUUGUGGUAA